ACUCUGCUCUGCCCCUGGCUCUGGCCCGUGGGCCUUGGUGGAUGUGGGCUGUGGGAGCUGACGGCAUGUGCAGCCAUCUCCAUCCCUGUGAUCACUUGUAUCAAGAGGCCACCCGAUGAAUGAGCAGAGGCCGGCCGGCCCAGGUCGGUGCUGUGGAGACAGACCAGCACUGCAGUGGCCUGGCUGUGGUUGCCCUCCUCACUGUGCCUUCGCCAACAUGGAGUGUCACCAGUGUGAUGUAUUUGGUUGUGGCAGUUUGUGAGGUGAACAUCAUGUGGUGUGAUUGCGGUGCACCUUCUGCGGGUUGGUGAGGGCGCCUGUCUACACGGUAGCCGGGUGCCUAUUCUGUUCUGGCUCUGCCCUGUCUUCUGUGGGAGAGACCCUUCGUUCCUGGAGGAAGGGUAGAAACACUUGGCCGUGUUUGUUGUUAAUGUUUAUAUUUUGCCCUUGAAAGUUUGUUUUCAUGAUGUGGGGCACUUUCAAUCCAUCAGUAUUCUCUUUGAUUUCCUUUCCCAUUUUUGUAUGUUUGUUUAGAAAGUUACCUGUAUGGUGAGAGCAAACACGUCCUCACGGCCUGCUUCCCAGUCGGCUCUUCAGACCGCUUGCGCUUUAUUUCAGUUUAUGCUCUGAGACGAAGAGUAGACUUAAUGUUUUCAAAAACAGGUGCCAAGAUUUCUGGGCUGCAGGGUCUGUUCCCAGAGCUGUGGGACUGUGGCCUUGGUCCCCUGCGUGGGCCAUGUCUGCUGGGUGCUGGCCCAGUGCCUGGGGCAAGGGACUGUCCCACUGAACAGUGAGGAGACCUUUGGGUCUAGGCAGACGUCUAACCUCUCGUGCCUCGGUUUCCCCAUUGUACAAUAGGGCUAGUAGAACACGCCCCCUCCCACCCCCGUUGUUGCAGGAAUCACCCCCACUGCAGAGUGAGCCGUCAGCCAGCAUUAGCAAUGACGGGUUUGUGGUGGUGAUAGGACGGUGUCCCUCUCACAAGGCCAGGUUCUUUUUAUUUUUUAUUGACAUAAAAUUCACACAGCAGACAAUCAGCCAUUUAAAGUGAACAUUUCAGCACAUUUCAGAGUGUUGUGCAACCAUCUUCUCUAGCUGGUUCCAAAACAUUUCAUCCCACUAAACAGUCACUUCUGUUUCCCCUGUACCCCCUUCCCCCAGUGCCACCAGCCAGUCUUCAGUCUAAUAUAAUUGGGAUCCUAUAAUAUGUGGCCUUUUAUGUCUGGCUUUUUUCACUCAACAUAAUUUUUUUGAGGUUCUUCAUGUUGUAGCACGUGUCAGCCCUCUACUCCUUUUUAAGGUUGAAUAAUACUCCAUGGUAUAGAUACACCACAAUUUGUUUACCCAUUUACCAGUCAAUGGACUUGGGUUGCUCCCAUCUUUUGGUUAUUGUGACUAAUGCUACUGUGAACGCUUGUGUGAAAGGAUUUGAUACCGGUCUCAGUUCUUUUGGGUAUAUACCUAGAAGUGGAAUUGCUGGGUCAUAUGGCAAUCCUAUCUUUAACUUUUUUGAGGAACCACCGUACUGUUUCCAUAGAAACCACACCAUUUUACAUUUGUAAGAGGGUUAUAACUUCUCCAUAUCCUUGCCACACUUGUUAGUUUCCCAUUUUUUUUCUUUCUUUUUAAAAUUGUAACUGUCCUAGUGGGCAUGUGGUGGUCUGUCAUGGUUUUGAUUUGCAUGUCAGAGGCAUGCAGAUGACUAAGGAUGUUGAGCAUUAUUCGUGACCUUGUUGGCCAUUUGUAUUUCAUUUUGAGGGAAAUGUCUGUUCAAGUCCUUUGCUUCCUUUUAGUUGUUUUGUGGUUGAGUUAUAAAUUCUUUAUAUGUUCUGAAUGUAGACCCUUAUCAAAUGUACGCUUUGAAAAGAUUCUCUCCCAUUCUGUAUGUUGUCUUUUCACUUUCUUGAUAGUGUCCUUUAAUGCACACACGUUUUUAAUUCUGAUGGCAUCCAGCUUAUUUUUGUUGUUGUUGCUUGUGCUUUUGGCAUCAUAUCUAGGAAUCCAAGGCUAUGGAGAUUUACCUCCAUGUUUUCUUCUGAGAGUAUUACAGUUUUAGCUUUUAUAUUUAGGUGAUUAAUCCAUUUUCAGUUAACGUCUUUAUAUGGAGUAAGAUAGGAGUUCAGCUUCAUUCUUUUGCUAGCCUGCUGUCCCAGUGCUGCCCCUGGGAGAUUGAUGGCGGUCCCCCAUGGUGUCCAGAGGGACCUUGCUGAUGGCUCUGAGCUGCCCCAGUGAAGUGCCUCCCUUAGCCUCCCUGAGCUCUGUGGUGACAGGGCAGUGACAGCUUUCAUGGAGGGAGGCCUGCUGGCCCACCUGGUCCCUCCCCUAUCCUGGUCAUGCAUUGGUGAGGCCUUCCUUGCACCUCCUUCCUUCCUCCUUGACUCCUGACUUGUCCCUACAACACUCUGCCCCAUCUGUGCACACACUGCCCUGGACCCUCCCAAGAGCUGUGUUGGCGUAGAAGAGGAGGAGGCCCCAGACAUCGACAUAUACCAUUGCCCGAACUGCGAGAAAACCCAUGGGAAGUCUACUUGUCUGUCCAAGGGGUUGUGCAGCCCAGCCCUGCCCAGCUGACCUCCACCUUGAUGGGGUCUUGAAAGUUGCAUCAUGGGAAUCUGCUCUACUUCCCUUCUCCACCCCUGCAGGGAAUCUUAGUGAAGAAGAAGCGGACCUGGCACAAACACAGCCUGGGCCAGACGCCUGACGUGAAACCCGUGCAGAAUGGCAGCCAGCUCUUCAUCAAGGAGUUACGGAGUCGGACCUUUCCCAGUGCGGAAGAUGUCGUGGCCCGCGUGCCAGGCAGCCAGCUCACCCUGGGCUACAUGGAGGAGCACGGCUUCACGGAGCCCAUUCUCGUCCCCAAGAAAGACGGGCUGGGCCUGGUAGUCCCGGCCCCCACCUUCUAUGUCAGCGAUGUCGAGAACUACGUGGGCCCAGAGCGGAGCGUGGACGUGACAGAUGUCACCAAGCAGAAGGACUGCAAGAUGAAACUGAAGGAGUUUGUGGACUAUUAUUACAGCACCAGCCGCAGACGGGUCCUCAGCCUCACCAGCCUCGAGUUCUCAGACACCAGAAUGUCCAGCUUCGUGGAGCCGCCUGAUAUUGUGAAGAAACUGUCCUGGGUAGAAAACUACUGGCCUGAUGAUGCGUUACUGGCCAAGCCCAAGGUGACUAAGUACUGCCUGAUCUGUGUGAAGGACAGCUACACCGACUUCCACAUCGACUCUGGGGGCGCCUCUGCUUGGUACCACGUGCUCAAGGGGGAGAAGAUCUUCUAUCUCAUCAAGCCGGCUUCGGCCAACAUCUCCCUGUAUGAGCGCUGGCAGUCGGCCUCGAACCACAGUGAGAUGUUCUUUGCCGACCAGGUAGACAAAUGCUACAAGUGCACCCUCAAGCAGGGCCAGACGCUCUUCAUCCCCUCUGGCUGGAUUUAUGCCACACUCACGCCCGUGGACUGCCUGGCCUUCGCGGGACAUUUCCUCCACAGCCUGAGUGUGGAGAUGCAGAUGAGAGCAUACGAGGUGGAAAGAAGAUUGAAACUGGGCAGCCUGACUCAGUUUCCCAACUUUGAAACUGCCUGCUGGUACAUGGGAAAGCACCUGCUGGAGGCUUUCAAAGGUUCUCACAAAUCCGGGAAGCAGCUGCCCCCUCAUUUAGUUCAAGGAGCUAAAAUUCUCAAUGGUGCUUUCAGAUCAUGGACAAAAAAGCAGGCUUUGGCAGAGCAUGAAGAUGAACUCCCAGAGCACUUCAAACCCUCGCAGCUCAUCAAAGACCUUGCCAAAGAGAUCCGGCUCAGUGAGAAUGCCUCCAAGGCUGCCAGACCAGAAGUGACUUCUGCAAUCUCGAAUGAGGUCUGUUUUGGGGACCGAGAGAAGGAGGAACCUCCAUCCCCCAUUGAAGCCAGCCCUCCUCGCUCCUUCCUGGAGAAAGUGUCCAAAAAAAAGACUUCCAAAACCAUGAAGAUACCCAAGCCAUCUAAAGUCCCCAAGCCCCCCAAAUCUCCCAAGCCCCCGAAGCCCCCCAAAUCACUGAAGCUCAAGGAUGGGGGCAAGAAGAAAGGGAAGAAGUGUAGGGGGUCAGCCUCGCCCACCAUCCCCAACCUGGACCUGUUGGAGGCCCACACCAAGGAGGCACUGACCAAGAUCGAGCCACCUAAGAAGGGCAAGGCCACAAAGAGCGUCCUGAGUGUGCCCAACAAGGAGGUAAUCAGCACACAGAACGAUGUGGAGAGGCUGGAAAUCCGAGAGCAAACCAAGAGCAAGUCAGAGGCCAAGUGGAAGUACAAGAACAGCAAACCCGACUCUCUGCUGAAGAUGGAGGAAGAGCAGAAGUUGGAAAAGCCUCCUACAUCAGGGAACAAGGACACCAAAUUCUUAUUUUCCUUCUCCAACAAGAAACUUCUGGGCUCCAAGGCCCUCAAGCCACAGCCGAGCCCAGGGGUGUUUGGGGCCUUGCAGAACUUCAAGGAGGACAAGCCCCAGCCCGUUCGGGAUGAGUAUGAGUACGUGUCGGAUGACGGGGAGCUCAAGAUUGAUGAGUUUCCCAUCAGGAGGAAGAAAAAUGCCCCGAAGAGAGACCUGUCCUUCUUACUGGACAGGAAGGAGCCGCUGCCCACACCUGUGACGAAGCCAAAGCUGGACUCGGCGCUCUACAAGGGGAACGGUAUUCCUGUCGCUCCCCCCAGCUCUGUUCUGACCGGCUCCCCAUCCCCACAGCCGAGCGACGACUCCUCGGAUGAGGGCUCCCUGCGCAUUGACACGGACACCAAGCCCACCCGCAACGCCAAAGUGAAGAAGGACGGCGGGGGCUCGGCCGCGGGCAUCCUGGACCUGCUGCAGGCCAGUGAGGAGGUGGGCGCGCUGGACUACAAUCCCAACAGCCAGCCCCCGGCCUCCCCCAGCACACAGGAAGCCAUUCAGGGAAUGCUAUCCAUGGCCAACCUGCAGGCCUCGGACUCCUGCCUACAGACCGCGUGGGGCGCGGGCCAGGCCAAGGGCAGCUCGCUGGCGGCCCACGGCGCCCGGAAGAACGGGGCGGGCGGCAAGAGCGCAGGCAAGCGGCUGCUGAAGAGGGCGGCCAAGCACAGCGUGGACCUGGACGACUAUGAGGAGCAGGACCACCUGGACGCCUGCUUCAAGGACUCGGACUAUGUCUAUCCCUCCCUGGAGUCUGACGAGGACAGCCCCGUCUUCAAGUCCCGGUCCAAGAAGAGGAAAGCCUCAGACGAUGCUCCCUACAGCCCAACAGCGAGGGUCGGCCCCUCGGUGCCGAGGCAGGACAGGCCUGUUCGAGAGGGGACCAGAGUGGCCUCCAUCGAGACCGGGCUGGCGGCCGCUGCAGCCAAGCUGUCCCAGCAGGAGGAGCAGAAAAGCAGGAAGAAAAAGAACUCCAAGAGGAAGCUGACGCCCAAUACCACCUCCACCUCCACCUCUGCCUCCACCACCUCGGCCAGCACCACCUCGGCCUCCACCACCUCGGCCUCCACCACCCCGGCCUCCGCCACCCCUGCCUCCACCAGCACGGCCUCCACCAGCACCGCCAGCAGCCAGGCCUCGCAGGAGGGCAGCUCGCCCGAGAUCCCACCUGAGGCGCACAGCAGCAGCCUGGCCGACCACGAGUACACGGUGGCCGGCACCUUCAGCGGGGCCCAGGCAAGCCGUGCCUCUCAGCCCAUGGCCCCCGGGGUCUUCCUCACACAGAGGCGGCCCUCCGCGUCGUCCCCCAACAAUACCGCUGCCAAAGGAAAACGUACAAAAAAGGGCAUGGCCACCGCCAAGCAGAGGCUUGGGAAAAUUUUGAAAAUUCAUCGGAAUGGAAAACUGCUCCUUUAAAGUUUGGAGAGCCAGGAUCCUUCUGCUCCGCUCAGGACCCCGGAGCCCCGCUACAUCGUCAGCCCCAGGAGGGUGGCCGCGCCGCCGCGCCCCGGAGGCCUGGCUUCCUCCCAGCUCCACGCCCCACACCUGAGCCAGCGCCUGCGGCUUCGGCAGGCGGAGCUCGCCAGUCCGGACAGCCGCCCCUUCUCACGCUGCUCAGAGUGACCAGUUCCCGAAACUCGGCCCCGCCCGUGUGAGGACCUUCCGGUUUCAGGGCGGCCUCUAGGCGCCCCUCAGCCCCGCCCGUGUGAGGACCUUCCGGUUUCAGGGCGGCCUCUAGGCGCCCCGAGCGCGGGGGUGGUGGCAGGGCCUCUGCGGCUCUGCGGGAGCAUGAGUCCUUCGAGGAAGGAGGAGUGAGCCAACAUUCACCAGGCCCAGAGCCUGAGCCAGCCACAGGCUGGUAGCCUCCAGAGGCUUAAAAAAAGGCAAAGAACACUAGAGAGGAAGAGGAGGAGAAAGCAGGGUGUUAAUGUGCCCCCAUCUCUUCCCAAGUGAUUCUCCGACAUGUCCAGCGAGCGUCCAUUCUGGCCAGGAGAGGGGGGCCUCCAGGCUCCCUCCGGCACGUGGCAGACCAGAUGGUGGGGGUCGCCCCUGAAUGCCCAGGGCAUUUCCAGGAAUGACGGGCCGGCAGCAGGGUCAGUGUGUUCAUAGGUAGGGAGCCACCGUGGGAUCCCCAGCCCUGAUGCAGGCCCAGGGGGCCCAGGCAAAGCCACAUGGUGGGUCCUGUCCAGUCCCACUGUCCACACUCCCAAAAGCACUUGCCAGCCAAGGCACCCUGCCCCGGGCCUGGCAGGGCGGAUGGCGGCCGGCCGAGCGGCCCAAGGUUGCCGGGGGCCUGGCACUUCUGUCUUGUCACCUGUCACUUGGUGUCGAGUGCAUGGGUGGCUCCUGGACCGCGAGCCCACCCAUGGACAUGGAGGGGCUGGAUUUGUUUCUCAGGCAAUCCUGUAUUUUAAUUUUAGAUGUAUUUCCUGAAGCAUAUUUUUCAUAGAAUGUAGCAUGUAAAUAGCUUUUUAAAUAACUUCUUUUUUAUAAGAGUAAAAGUAUCUUUAGGAAUUUCUUUGUAGAGUCCUUCAUUAACAUUUAUACGAGUUUUUUGCUGAGUCUGACGAACAGUUGGGUUUCCGAUGCUUUUUCUUUUCCUUCCUUUUUUUUUUUUUUAUUGCUAUGGUUAUUUUUUUAUUUUAUUUUAGGGACUAAGGUAUUGCCUGAAAAACAAGUGAUGUCUGUGCAGCCUUAUAUCUGUCUUUACAGAAGCGAACAGUACACAAAAGAUCUGUUUCAGAUAUGUUUGAAGAUGAGUCUUCAACUCGAAUACCAGCUUUCUUUCCUUCUUGUUGAUGAAGGGGUGGGGGACAGUUAUUUUACUAGCACCUUGUGAAGUGUUCUGUGUUUUGUGAUGCUGUAAUUUAUUAAUGUUUGUAGCUUUUUAUAUUUGUAUAUUUCUUAUGAGCUUUGUUUAUAUGCCCAUCCCUGGGUGUUCUGUCCGCACGGAGAGGCAGCUUCGUGCCGGCCUUGGCCCCUGGCUCGCCUGUCGGAGACCUGGCCGCCGAGCCUGGGGAUGGGCAAGGCCACGCUCAUGGACCCGACGACUCCAGCCCAGCGUUUUGAAGGUUUCCUUGCCUGUUACUGUUGAACAUUUAUAUAAUCUAACCCGGCCAUCAAACUGUUCUCUCUCACUCUCUUUUUUUUUAAUUUUAUUAUUAUUUUGGCAACAUGUACAUUUCUAACAAAGUUUAUCGUGGCUAUUAAAGUGUUUUAUUUCCCAAUUCAUAUUACUCUUGUAUUGAGUCCAUGAGGUCUAAGGCAACUUAAAUCAAAGUUUUAAAAGAGUAAAGAUAUUUCAGGUUUUGUACAGAA